CGCUGUCUUCCCGGUGGAGCUCGGCGCGCGAGUCGCCCCGGUCCGCGCGCGCCGUCAUUCGCGUCUCCGGCUGCCUCGUCACGGCUCCGUAGUGACCGCGACGUCCCUUCGGGCGCACACACACGCACAGCGGCGGCGGACCGUCCCGGAGCUACCGGCUCCGGCGCGCACGCGGGAGCCCAGCGGAUUAUGAGCGAUCCGCGGUGGGGAUGAACGCGUCGGCUCGCGUGUCGGCGACUGCCCGGUGACGGCACCGGGGUUCUGCGACACGGCGGUGACAAUGCGAGGGCAUCGCACCGUUAAAUAGUGCGUGUCAAUGACGGGAGUGUGGCAGUGUGCGCCAUAUGCACCUGCGCCUCCAGCUCAGGAGCAGCGAUCCGGGCACGUGGACGUCUUUCAAUCAACGAAUCAACGAACGACUCUGCUUCUACCUGUUUUUCUGAGGAGAACCACGUGUUCAGCCAUUUCCUACAAGACAGACUGGCCUCUCUGGUCAUCGUGACUUUAAGCCGCUGUGCAGAUUCACACCAUUCUGGAUGAAGGCUUUUAUAAAUGAGGUGUUCUGCCGCUCCCACUACUGCAGACGAGUCUAAUACGCGCGGAAUGCUCGACCUCAAGAUGAAGGAGACGUGUCGCAUCUGUGGACGGGAGCUCUGCGGCAACCAGAGGCGGUGGAUCUUCCACCCGGCGGCCAAGCUCAACCUGCAGGUGCUGCUGUCGCACGCGCUGGGCCGGGAGGUGUCCCGCGACGGCGGCGGCGAGUUCGCCUGCUCCAAGUGCACCUUCAUGCUGGACCGCAUGUACCGCUUCGACACGGUCAUCGCCCGCGUGGAGGCCCUGUCGGUCGCGCGGCUGCAGCGGCUGCUGCAGGAGAAGCACCGGCUCAGGCAGUGCGUCGGGGGCCUCUAUCGCAGGACCAACUCGGAGGAGGGGCCGCUGGCCACCGGAGGGUCCGGGGACGGAAUGGUGGACAUCUCGGGGCUCACUCGCGCAAAGUACUGCGCCCUGCUUCAGGACGACCUGGUCUACUCUCCGUACGAGUCCUGGGCGGACGACGGCGCCGACUGCCCCCGUCACCGCCAGGCUCCGUGCGCCGCGGGUCCAGAGGCGGACGCGGCGGCGGCGGCGGCGGGGGGCUCGCAGCGCUGCGCGCCCAGCACUCCCAGGAGGUGCCGGGGGUGUUCCCACCUGCGAGUGGCGGACUCGGACUAUGAGGCCGUGUGCAAGGUGCCCAGGAAGCUGGCCCGGAGCAUCUCCUGCGGCCCCUCGACCAGGUAUUCCGGUAGCGUGACUGGAGGAGCGGGUGGCGGAGAGGGAGACAGGAAGCACAUCGAAGACUUAGAGGAACCCCCCUCCUCUCUGACCCUGGUCCCUGGUUCUCAGGACCCGUCGAGGGCGUCCGACAGCGAUCGCACUCUGGCCGGACGAGCCAGCUCCAGCCCAUCUGUCGCGUCCCUGGAGGCUGCCGACGUUUACAUUCAGCCUGGGGCCAUAACGCUGUGCUCCCCCAGGGAACCAAUGGAUGACCGGAUAUCUGACUCCCUCUCCGAGGAGCACAUGGGGGCCCCGCGGUCCUCCCCUGAGCCCAGCGUGUCCCUGGCCCUGUGUUUAUUGCAGAGCUGCUCUGUGUAUCGACCGGUGCACAGCACCAAGGGGAGCAGGCUGCCGGUGCUCCGCAGACAGAGCGCCAGUAAUGGAGGCCUGAGACUCGAAUUCCCCGAUCCCGUUUUGGGGAUAUCUUAUGGAUCUCCGGAUGGACAAAGAGACAGACACACGCUGAUGUCUGAGCUGGAGGCCCCCUCGAUCCGGCUGGACGUUGAAGAGGAGGAUCCGGACUUGGCCGAUAUGGACGAUUUAUUGGAGGACUUGUACAAGGAGUAUCCUCCCCCACCUCCCCACCAGAGUCUCGUUGAGGAGCAGCAGAGUCAACUGAACCAGUAUGAGUGCGCGGCCGGCCAGUGCGUCAGCGAGCUGCAGAAGGCCCAGCUCCAGGUCCAGUCCCUGCAGGCCAAGAUCCACGAGAGCGAGGCCAACAAUAUGAAGCUGCAGGAGAAGCUGCAUGAGAUGGAGUGUGAGCUGCGCUCGCUCCGCCACGCUGCUCAGAGCCAGGAGAGAACCAUCCAGGGUCUGACUGAGUCCAUCAGCACCAGAGACACUGAGGCCCAGGAGCUGUACCAGCUGAUCGAGGGGCAAAACACCACUCUGUGUAAGCUGCGAGAAAUGGCUCACCGCAACCAGCUGGCUCAAAGCAAGGCUCCAGAGGGGGCUAGUGAGUCGCUGUCGCUCGCCCAGCUGCAGGGGGAGCUCGUGGGGGUGCAGAGCUCUCUGUUCUCCCUUGGUCUGGAGCUAGAGGCCAGCCAGCGAAGUCUGAGGCAGAGCCAGAGGCAAGGGGACGAUCUGACGCGGUUCAGGGACCGACUCAGCUCCGACCUGCAGGAGGCUCUGCAGCACAGGGAGGUGACUGAAAAACACAACCAGGACCUGCAGUGUUCCCUGCAGAAAACCCGCGCCGAGCUUCAGGCUAAAGAGUCGGCGCUGAAGGAGAGCGAGGCGGAGAAACGCACCGUCGUGCAGGAGAAGGACCGGUGCAUCGCGCAGCUCAAACACUCUCUGCAGGACAAGGAGCAACAGCUGCAGGAGUACUCGGACAUGCUGGAAUCCGCAGGAAACUCCAAAUCCAGGGACGCGCUGCUGCAGAAACUGAGGGAGCGCAUUCAGGAACGAGACAGAGCUCUCGAGGCGUCCAUUGACGACAAGUUCCACUGUCUGGAGGAGCGCGAGGGCCAGGUGAGGAGGCUGCAGCUGGCCCUCAGGGAGAAAGAGCGAGACCUGGAGAGGCUCCGCUGCAUCCUGUCCAACAACGAGGAGACCAUCACGAGUUUGGACGCCCUGGUGCGAGGAAAGGAGCUGGAGCUGGAACAGGCGGCGGAGGCUUACAGGAACCUCCAGUGGCUGAAGCAGCAGAGCGAGGAGAAGGAGAAGAGCACGCUGAGGGAGAAGGACACCAUCAUCAAGCAGCUCCAGGCAGCUCUGCAGAGCCGCAGCCAGGAGACACAGGAUCUGACAGCCGCCCUGGUUGCCAGAGUCCAGGCUGGUCCCGGCGAGGUCGUGGAGGAGCUGAAGGCCCGGCUGGCGCUGAAGGAGAAGCUCUUCCAGGAGCUGCUGUCGGACCGCAGCCGCCAGUCGAGCGAACACCAGGCGCAGGCCCAGGAUCUGCUCAACACCCUGAGCUGCAAAGACCAGUACCUUCAGGACCACUCCUACAGGCUGUCCCUGGUGAUCAGCGAGCGGACGAGCCAGCUGCAGGAGCUGCGCAGGCAGCUGUCGCUGAAGGAGCAGGAGCUGUGCGAAGCCAAGUGGGAGCACGAGAAGACGACGGGAGGAGACGCCGAGCACCUGCGGAGCGUGCUCCGAGAGAAGGACGUCAUCAAGGAGCUGAUGCCGGGCCCGGAGGAGGCAAAGGGUCCGUCCUCUGGAGACGCGGAGGUGAAGGCGCUCAGGGAUGAGCUGCAGCUGGCACUGAAAAAGGAGAGGGAGGCGCAGAAGGAGCUCUCUGCUCUGCAUCUGUCUUUGGCCCAACAGCAGGAUGAAGGAGAUGCUGAUCACCAGUGUGCGUUGGAGCAGCUUGUGUCCGAGUACAACAAGCUGAACGACGCUCUGAGGGCCGAGAAGCGAUUGUACCAAAACCUCACACGCAUUCACAGCUCGAGUGCCGGCAGCUCGGAGAAAACCCUGGCUCUGCAUACCGAGCUGGAUUCCGUGCAGGCGCUACGCGGACAGCUGGAGGAGGUUCUAGCCAGGACCCGUGCCGCGGCCCUGGCGCUUGACCGGGCUGCUAAAAGGCAGCCUGACAUUGGAGAGCUCAGCACGGAGGAAGAGGAGGAGGAGGAGGAGGAGGAGGAGGAGGAAGAAGAUGGCAGCAGUGAUGAGUUCACAGACAGCAUUGAGGACGACGAUGCUAAAGUGACAACGAGAAGUUUGACUUUUAAUCCGGCUCCUCAUGCUGUGAAUGUGAGUGGAGACCUGGUGGGAGACGCGGCCCAGAGAAACGACGUACAGCAGCUGGAGGAGGCAAGAAAGGCCCUCGAAGUCCAGCUUGAGGAAAUAAAGUUACAGCUGGAGAGGGAUGGGUUCACGUCUGUGGCUCAGAUGAGGGGUGCACUGCAAAGACUGCAGCAGGAAAACCAGGCUCUGAAAGGAAUCCAAGGGCAAGCUGGCGUCCUGGGCCUGAGGGCAAACACACAGAAACCCCACAGGAGCCCACAGCAGGAAGAGAUAGAAGAGGAGGAUGAGGAGGAAGAGGCGCGAUCUCCAGUGCCGAUGGGGAAGCGAGGUCCUCCGUGCGCCGGCGUGGAAGAGGAGCGAGGGAAGCGCCACUGCGCGCGGCCGUGCUCUCUGGACCUGCGGACGUCCCACCAGCCCGCCGCGCCAGCCCGCCCGGAGGCGGCGCCCGCCGGCGCCGGCUCCGACGCCUCCUGGCGUCCGGCGGAGGAGGGGCUCCGGGAGCAGGCGGCCCGUCUGCGCUGCGACAACAGGGAGCUGCGCGAGCGGCUGAUGGUGUCGGAGGCCACGGUUCAGGCUCAGGCCGAGCAGCUGAAGGACUACAGAGACUUACUCACGGAGACGUCUGUCCAGCAGGCCAGUAAGCAGGUGCAGGUGGACCUCCAGGAUCUGGGCUAUGAGACCUGUGGCCGCAGCGAGAACGAAGCCGAGAGAGAAGACGCCAGCAGCCCAGAGUUCGAUGACCUGGAGAUGUGCACGGCCCUGUCCACGCAGCCGCACUACGAGGGCGCGGCCGGUGGCUGGUCCCCCGGCGGCGGCGGCGCCGACGGAGGCGCCUCGGGGCCCGAGGCGGAGCCGGUGUCUCUGCGGCGCCUGGUCCAGGACCUGCGCUCGCAGCUGAGCCGCUGCCACAAGGUGAUCCGCGGGCUGCAGCUGCGGGUGCGCUCGCUGUCCGCCACCAGCGACUACGCCUCCAGUCUGGAGCGCACCCCCCGAAAGGUGAACUGGGCGUUCGAGCGGUCGCCGGCCCCGAGCGGCGCGGAGGACGACGAGGGCUGGGUGUCUGACACGCAGGGGUCCAAACCCAGCCGGGAGCUGCAGGAACUGGUGGAACGCGUCGCAUCACUGGAGGCGCAGCUGAAGAGCCCCAGAGUGGAGGGAAAAGGCAAAGCGGAGGAGGAGAAAUGUGCCACGUGGCCCGGGAAGUACAACUCCUUGAUUCAGGCACAGGCCCGGGAGCUGUCCCACCUGAGGCAGAGGAUGAGGGAGGGGCAGGGAGUGUGUCACAUCCUCACCCAGCACCUGGGCGACACCACCAAGGUGUUUGAGGAGCUGCUGCGGGCGAAUGAUGUGGAUUACUACAUGGGCCAGAGCUUCAGGGAGCAGCUGGCACAGAGCAGCGCCCUCGCACAUAGAGUGGCCACAAAGAUCAGUGGCGAUCGCCCCGAGAGCCCCGAUGACAAAAUGGCUGAUAACUUCCUCGCCCUCCGGCUGACCAAGGAGCUGCAGCACAAGGACAAAAUCAUCGAGUCGCUCCACACCGAGCUGCAGCAGCGUCCCGACACCCCGUCCAGCCUCCACGCCCUCUCCGAGAGCACCGACCCGUCGGACCGGACCUCGCUGGUGUCCGACGAGUACCGGCCCAACGAGGACCUGGAGAUGUGCUCCGAUUUAGACGCCAGAGAGUAUGACGACGAGGUCCGGCUGAGGCAGAACCAGUCAGAACCAGACGUCCGUCCAUCCUUCCCUCCUCCCCAUGGUCUCCUCAAGUCUUCCAGCAGCUGUCCCAGCAUGCUUUGCUCAGCCCCCGUGGCUCUGGCCGCGCAGGCCUCUAGAGCUCUUGUCAGUGAGCCCGUUUCCUCUCACCUCUCUGUCCCCUCUGGCCCUGAUGUCUGGGGUAAGGAAGUCGCUUCUGACCCCCGGCCCAGGGCCCUGUCUGUGAUCGCUGUUCGCCCAGAGCUGGACGCGCUGCACAAACAGAUGAAUGAGCUGAACGGGGGCUUUGCAGUGCCUCGCGACAACCCUCUGUUCUCUCUAUCACCCGGUGCCCACGACCAGCACGACCUCUCCGGCAGCUACAGCCAGCUCUCACACCAUGCCUUUCAACAGUACCAGCUGGGCGGCGCCCCUGACGGCCGCUCGCUGUGGGAGACAGAGACCCUGAUUCAGCCAGGAGGCUUCUUAGGAGCCUCUGGGCUCCCGGCAGGAAGCAGCCAUGCAGGGGUGCAUUUGAUAGAAGAGCACCUGCAGGAAGUGAGAUGUCUUCGUCAGCGUCUGGAAGAGUCCAUCAGGACCAAUGAGAGGCUCCGACAGCAGCUGGAAGAGAGACUGGCCACCACUGGACGCGAUGGAGGUGCUCCUACUAACAUCUACAUUCAGGGACUGGACACAGUCACGCAACUGUCCAACGAGAUCAGAGUCCUGAAGGAAGAAAACCUGGGUCUGCAGUCCCGCCUGCAGGCCAGCACGGACACGCGUGAAGAGGUGGUGCAGCUGCGCGAGGCGGUGCUCGCGGCUCGGGCUCGGCUGAAGCAGGCGGAGCUGGAGGCCGAGCAGUGGAGGGAGGAGCUGAGGCGCCUUCAGGCCCACAGUCAGGAGCAGGGGCAGCAGAUCCACACGCUGAGGCAGGAGCGUCAGGCCACUCAGGAGACGGGCAACAGGCUCCAGCAUGAGGCGUCUCUGCUGCAGCAGCAGCUGCGCGAGAGCCGGGAGCUCAUCCACUCGCUGCAGAGUGAACUCCAAGUGUACGAUCGCGUGUGUUCGACCGCGAAGGUCAACAAAGGCUACAUGUGUGAGCUCCCGGGUCUGCCGGUGGAGCUGGGGCAGCUCCUGGGGGAGGUGAGGAGUCUGCGGGCCCAGCUGCAGAACAGCGUCCACGAGAGCAGCGCCCUCAAACAGCUGGAGCUCCACAAGCAACUGGAGCAGAAGCUGGGCGCCGGCUCCCCCCGCACGCCCUCGCUGUCGGCGCUCACCGCCAGCCCGCAGAGGGAGAGCUUCUACAGGCGCCAGCUGCUGCACGACCCGGCUCCCUCUCCGCCGGUCAGAGACAUCGGCCUGUUCAACUGUGGAUCCCCCGGUCCUCCAUACUCGGACCUGGACGAGCACAGCCCGGCGAACGACCUGCUGGACCCUCACUCCGAACUGGAGGGCGAGGCCCCCGACGGGUCGUUCGCCAACCGGAACGGGCGCCACGCCGUCGGCCACGUGGACGACUUCAGCGCCCUGCAGCAGCAGGUCCUGGAGGGGCGGAGCCUCGUCCAGCACAUGGAGGCGAGCCUCCAGGCCGGCCUCGCUCCCCCGCUGCUGGACAGCGGCGGGAAACAGAGCGAAGUGGUCCUGGACUAUGGAUGUGUCAUGAGUCUGUUGUCCAGCACCAAGACUCUGAGGCAGAUCCUGGAGGAGGCGACGUCUCUGCUGAAGAUGUUCUGGAGAGCAGCGCUGCCCAGCACCGACCCCUCCAUCCAGAACCUUAGGAAGGAGCAGUGCAUGCAGGAGGAGAUCCUGUCCCUGAAGCUGCGUGUGUCCGAGCAGGAGGAGGUUCUCAAGGGAACCGUUCAAAGACUGAGGAGCACCAGCCGCACCAAGGAGAGCAUGGAGCACUUCAUAGUCAACCAGCUGUCCAGGACUCGCGACGUGCUGAAGAAAGCCAGGACAAAUUUAGAGAAGAACGAGCUGAGACUCUCCUCUCUAACCUCCUCCUCUUCCUCCCCCCACGCUGCCGAGGACCCUGGAGCUGCUGCCAGAGCGCCGCCUGCUGAUCGCGGUUUCCUGAGGAGCAGCGGUGCUUUCAGCGGCGCUGCGGUCAGUCAGCGCCCAGCUGCGAGGAAGCGCAGCAGCCAAUGCCUACUCUAGCCUUGAAAAAGGAGCCAGCCUCGACCUCUACCACCGCUGACCUCUGUACACCCACACAGCCAGCCCUCACAUAACCUCGCUGCAGCUCACCCGGCCCCAACCCCAGUAACCUCCUCCUUGAACCCAUCCAAACUCCAGAUUUAUCGCUUCCCACCAGCCGACCCACACCCAAGACGUCUUUUGAGUGACACAGUCAGCAGUUUGCCUUGUUGUGUGUGACAGAAGAAGGUUAUAGAAAUGUGACUCUGAUGGUUUCAGUGAUGUGUGUCCUACUGAUGAAGCUGAGGUUGAAGAUGCUCUCAGACACAGAGCUCAGUCCAGUCGGUGUAGGUUCAUUCUAACAGGAAUUAACGCUCCAUAAAGAAUGUACCUUAUAUGAAUAUAUAUGGCUUUAGUUCUGGGUCUAAGGGCACCAGACAGAACCAGGCAGUCUGUGGACAGAACAUAUGUUCAUGCAUGUUUAAAAAUGGCCUGUGAGAGGAAUUCUGCACACACACACACAUUCAUCUUUACAUGUGUGUGAUUAAACAUAGCUCGCUCAAAAACAAGAUGCCACCGAAUCGCAGUCUCCCUCCAGUUUAUGCCGCGUGGCACUUAACGAGGGUUUCCUUUUUGCAAAAUCAAUGCAACAAACCACUAUGGACUAAGCUAAGGAGGCAGGUUAUGUGAAGCCAUUAGCCAAGGGAAUUAUUAUACCAAGUAGAAUCAAAGUCAAAGUCAGGUUCCAUUUUAGUCUCAAGCCUCCAAUUGUAAGACUAAAAAAACAUUAAAAUAUGUCUAGGUCAGUUAAAUGAUUAGGCCCAUUUGUCUUGAGCUGGUUGUGAAUCAGAGUAUGUGAAAGCAGAGGUGAGGUGCUGAUGGAACAGGCUAAACGCGUAUUCAAGCUCCUCCGUAGGAGUCUCAUACGAGCAUGUGCAAUAACGGUGUUUCUUGAAUGAACGUAAUGAACAUGCUGCACUAGCUUAUUAUUACGAUACGUUUCUUUUGCUUAUCACUGUAUUAUUAGCCACACUCAUAAUAACCUAAGGACACUGUAAGUGUUAGGAUUUCUUUCUUCUCGAGUGUUGAUGCAUGAACGAUAAAACCGAAGCUAUGAAACAGGCCGACGCUUGCCAAAGUUUGAUCUCUGAACUCCUUCCUCCGGUUUGACUUGCCUUAUCCAUGUGAAUGACAGAGCCAGGUCUGCCUACAGGGUCAGCAGGGGGUCUCCAUUUGAAGGCUCCCUAGAACCCUCUCGAACAGAGACGUGAUUAUUAGACAGCUGCUUCAAGUUGUCUGGAAUUGGAAACAAGCUCCUUCAUUGGACCAAAACUAGACAAAGUGGAUUUAUUCUACCCGGCCCUGUGUGUUAUUACUCUCGGUUCGGGCCAUCUUAGCAUUCCCAUGGCAAUGGCAAUAUAGAUUAGCAAACUUUGGCAGGCUACUGGUGGGAUCAUUAAGCUGUAACGCUCAAAUUUAUCAACAUCACAGAUGGUUUGACGUGUUUUCUUGCUGUACAUUUGCCAUUUGAUGCUGUAAAUAACCCGCUUGGCCUGAAUGAACUUCACUUUUGUGUGAGUGUGUGUGAGUGUGAGUGUGUGACACUACAUCCAACAUUUGCUUUUUGCAAAGUUGAUAAUCUGGGUAGCUGUGCAAUAGCUUUAAAUAUUUUCUUUUGGCGUUAAACUGAAUUGUAUCAUGAGAAUGUCUGCUGCAGUCACUUACUACAAUGUGUUUUUUUGUGCAGUGAUCAGUUAGUCACAUAGAACCACAAGCUAUGCCUUCCUUAUAUUUAAGACUCCGAUAUCAUCCAACUAUAACAGAGCUCUAGUCAAUGUUGCUUCGCUUGCCUUUGAAAUUAGCGCGAGAACCUUCUCCGUUGCUCUCAGUGGUAGAAAUGGCCUUGAACUAGUGUUUCUACAACUUACAUCUGCCAAAUUAGGUUUUGUUUGCGCUGAGAUCUUCCAAAAAUAAAAAGAUGCCAAGUAAUUAAUCAUAGGCAAAAAGGAAAUCCUUAGCUUUUGAGAGUUAAAGGUAAUUGUUUAAAAAAAAACAGUGACGACAUAGGUUGUGAAACACUGGCUCCUCAAAGCACCUUGUUAGAGCGUAAACAAAGCCUUACUACUUAUUAAGAAGGAAAUAAAAUGGCAGUUUAAACUAUGUAUUGCUGAUCUUGGGUUGCGUGUGUAUAUAAUGCUACUGUAUUGGACUGGUGCAGCUUCAUGUGGUUGGAAAGCAGCUUUGUUUCUGCGUUUGCGCUCAAUGAACUAGAAAGCCGACACAGGACUCGUAUAGAUCCCGUGUCUGAUGAUAAGUUAAGUGUGUUAUUAAUGAAAGAUUUCAGGAACGGAUGAAUAAAAGACUCACCAAGA